AAAUGUCAGUGAAGCACGCAAAGCCCGACUUCAGCCCCUCUCAGGUGUCUGAGAUCAUAAAGAGGCUCUACAACCUGACGGCAACAGAAAUACGCCCACUGCCCAGCUACGAUGACCAGAACUUCUACGUGGCUCCCACCGAGGGCGGAGAGUUCGUCCUGAAGAUCAUGAACACAGAGGACAGCAAGAACGCCACCAUCAUUGAGCUGCAGACCCACGCCAUGUCUUUCCUUAACCAGAACGGGCUUCCCACUCAAGCAGUCGUGCCCACCACCACGGGACAACUCAUGAGCCUGGAGGAAGUUGACUGUGGGUACGGCUGUCAGAAAUACCUGGUCCGGCUGUUCACUCAUUUACCUGGAGUGACUAUUUCAAAGGUCCCUUUAACACCGAAGUUAUUAUAUGAAACCGGCAGAACGGCGGCUAGAAUGGAUGAAGUCCUUCAAAAGAUGGAGCACCCUCAUCUCAGCUUUCUGCAGAGGGAGAAUUUCAUCUGGAGCCUGUCGAACAUUCUCCUCCUGGAAGGAUACCUGGGUGUUUUAGACGGAGAUCCUCUUCAAGAAGUCGUGAAAUCUGUCAUUCAUCAGUACAAAAACUCGGUGAUACCCAAACGCUCCAAUUUUCGAAAAUGUAUUAAUCAUGGUGACUUCAAUGACCUGAAUGUGCUUGUGCAACCUGAUGACAGUCAUGGCUACAAGAUUUCUGGCAUCCUAGACUUUGGGGACAUGAACAGCGGCUACUACGUCAAUGAACUCGCCAUCACAAUAAUGUACAUGAUGAUCGAACAUCCUGAUCCCAUCGAGGUCGCUGGGCCUGUCCUCGCCGGCUGGGAAAGUGUCUUCCCCCUCAACGAGGACGAGAAAGACUCCCUCUAUGUGCUGGUGCUCUCCCGCUUCUGCCAGUCGCUGGUUUUGGCUCGGUAUUCUGUGACGUUGCACCCAGAAAACGAAGAGUACCUCAUGAUUACAUCCAGAAAGGGAAUCAAGAUCCUCCACCAACUCUGGCAACUGGGAAAGGAGCACGUGGAGAAGGUGUGGUUUCAGCGCGCCGCUCAGUUCAGUGAGAGAAUAAAUGGAGACAUUAACUGAUAAUAGUUUUAGAAAAUGGAAAAUACCACGGUAGAAAAUUAAAACUAUUGAUAACGAUGGCGUCACGCCUUGGUCCUGAUGAUUAUCUGUUAGAAGAUCAUCGAAAAGUUCAACUAAUCUAUGAUACACAUCCAUUGCACACAGCGUGUUAAAAUUUCCAGCGUUUUUUUCAGGUAAUUUGGCUGAUGAUGGCUUACAGGCAAUUAAAACAUAAAAUAGAAUAUUACAUGCAAAUUAGAUAAAAGGGUUUCAAUACAGAGCCAAUUACUAAAAACUAUAUCAUGUAGUGUACAGUUUAUGUUCCCAAUCCUUGAUCUGGACUCUUUUGGGAUAGAUUACUGCAUCAGUGCAGCCUGGUGUGGAAGUGAUCAGCCAGUGGCUCUGCUCAGGUGUUAAGGAAGGUGCUUUUAUAGUAGUGUUGUUCACACUGUUGGUUCUGGUGUACUGUAUCUUGACAAUGGCACAUGGCUCCUCUGGGGUGUUUAGAUUAGGUGUCUUGCUGGGCAGGCCAGCACAAUGAUACUGUCUUCAAAGCAGGUAUUGGUAGUGUUGGCUGUGGUGCCAAGCCCUGCUGGAAAAUUGAAUCAGCAUCUCCAUAAAGCCUUUCAGCAGGUGGAAGCAUUGAGUACUCUAAAAUGUCCUGAUUGAUGGCUCUUUAGACUUGAUUAAAUGCUAUCGACUGACAACAGCAAAUGACACGGCUCUCCAAGGCAACUUUUAUAUCUCUUUUUUUUUUUUUUUAUGAAUUUCUAAUUAUUGAGAUGCACACACAACCUUAACAAUCAAUGACUUCCUGGUUUAUGGUUUGACCAGAUAUUACCUCAGCUAAUGAGUUAGUCAUUUUGGGGGGUUUUAGCACCUUGUGAACAUUGCCUUUAUUUUACUAUUCCAAGUAUUCAGUGCUCUAUUAAAAGUAGAUAUUUCAAUUCAAGUGUUUAUUACAUUACAAUUCAUUGCUGUGUUUGGACCCUGUAAGAAUUUCUCAGAAGAAAAGUAAUUUCAAAUUCUCAUACCAUUGCUCGUAUUUAAAAGGUUCAAUAGAGAACCUUUGAUAUGUCCAGGUGUCUGAAAAGCCAGUAUACAAGUGCUGAAUAUGUGAAGAAGUGAUUCAGAAAAGUAGCAAAUGCUGCAAUCUUUGCUACAGGUUUUGUGCCAUGCCAUUGAAAUCCUUUCCAUGUGUUUUUUUUUUAUACAAAACAACCUCAUUUUCAGUCUAUCUUUGAUAUUUGUAAUCAAGUUUGCUCUUACAGGACAUUCACAAGUUAAUCUGGGUGCUUCAAAACAGUUAGCUUUUUCCACCUUUUACAUAGUUCCCUAUGUGUCUUUAUACGAGAAGCUUAUAUAUAUUUUUGUUGUACUGUAUUUCAACCAAAUGUCUAACCAAACCUGCUGAAAGUCAAGGUUAGUGUUCAUGGGCCAUAAUAGAUAAUGUUUAACUUGACUAUGUACAGAUACUAUUCUGACUUGUAUUAAUGCUGCUCCUCUGGACACUUUUUCAGUUUUUGGUGUCUUAAUGAUUUCUACACUAUUCAUUUUACUGUCAUGCAUGUCUACUGUACAAAUGAUUAUAAAGCAUCCCAAUCUGGAAAUUAAACUUGUGUGUUGUAGUAA